GCACUUUCAGCACUGGACAGCUCCCUAAUUGGACGUACUUGCAACUUGUUUCAUGUGAACAAUUACAUAAACACUUCCAGGAACUUGUAGCCUUUAGAAGUACUAAAUGCAGAAAUAUUCUGCUCUGUUUGAUGGAGAAGAAGCUAUCCGGGUAAACCUCAUGGCAUGAUGAGUGAGGAACUACAAGAAACAGGACGGGAUUAGGCAUCAGUAAUCUGUCGACGAGAGUGUGCUUGGAGAGAAAAGAACGAAUCUAUAGCCCUAAACCUUGGACACCAGUCAACAUUUGCCCACGGUUAAUACAUAACCACCAACGACGAGGAGGGGGUGUACACAAAGAGAGAAAGCUUGUUUGGUCUGUCACGGAGCCUGAAGAGGACUCCAUGAACAGAUGUUGUUCAGCUGACACCUAUUCUGGCACACUGCUCAUCACGCCGAAGAUAGCUUCAGAGCCAACACUUUCUCUGCACGAUAGACAACAUCUGACAUGAUCAAGGUUCUAAAUACGGAUGCUGCGACGGUCCUUGGAUGGAUUCAUUCCAGUGAGACUGAGUUCCCUGUGUGGACCGGGUGUAAGUAUAGUCCAUGCUAACCAUGGGCAGUGAGCCCCCACAGGCCGUUGCCCGGCUGUUUGCCUGGGUCAACGGGAUCUCCAAGUGUGAGCUGAUUGAGCUGAAAGAUCUCAGCCUAAAUGAUCGCAUUGAGCUGGCACCGGACCAACCAGCCCCUCCGCUCCCAGCAGCACCCCUGACUCCCAGGCAGGUGAGGGCUUCGCAGAGGUCUAGCCAGGUGGUCCGGCUGGUGGGGGACAGUGUGAGCGUUGAGGGGCCCUCGUGGUUCACAGGGCAGGGUGGGAAGGGACAUGACUUCCAGCCCUGCAGCUACACCCAGAUCACCUGGUGUGACCUGUGUGGAGAAUUCAUUUGGGGCCUUUACAAACAGAGCCUGAGCUGUGCUAACUGCAGUUACACCUGUCACUACCAAUGUCGACCGUUUAUCCAGUUGGAUUGUAGCACAGAUAGUAGGCUCCUCACUACCAACCAAACUGAUGUUUCUGAAGACACCGUGGAGACAGAUACUAAUGUGGAUGUGAUUGAACCAAUUGACUGGGGGAAACAAGUGCUUUCUGUCAGUGACAUCCAGCAGAAGGUGAAGGAAUACAAUGCUCAGAUCAACAGCAAUCUCUACAUGGUGCUGAACCGAGACGGAUCAUACACUGGCUUCAUCAGGGUCCUUUUUAAGCUGACUCGUCCUGUGUCACUCCCACCCCCUCGGAAGGUGUCUUCACCACAGGAAGAGGGGCAGCUGGAGGGGGGGCUGAAGUGCCGGACUUCUUUCUACCUCCCAAAAAACACAGCCAAACACCUGCACAUAAGCUCCCGGACACAGGCACGAGAGGUCAUAGAGGCCCUGCUCAACAAGUUCACUGUGGUGGACAACCCGGCCAAGUUCGCCCUGUUUGAGCGCAGUGAACAUCAAAACCAGUUAUACCUCCGUAAGCUGUCUGAUGAUGAGCGUCCGCUCCACCUGCGUCUGUGUGCCGGACCUAAUGAGAUAGUCCUAAGUUUGGUGUUGAAAGAGAAUGAGACUGGGGAGGUCAACUGGGAUGCAUUCAGCUUUCCUGAGCUGCACAAUUUCCUGCGGAUCCUUCAGCGCGAGGAAGAGGAACACAUCCGGCAGAUCAUCAAGCGCUACGCUCUGGCCAGGGACAGGGUGAAGGAGGCAAUGGCCAGCGUCACCACCCCCGGCUGAUGUGAUGUGAUGGCAUCAUGGUGGAGAGGCAUGCACACUAUUGACCAGCAGCCACCAGGAGCAUGGUACACAAUAUGGUCAUGGUACACAAUAUGCCAUUCUGAGUUCAAAGGUCUUUAGAGCUGUCCUUGCUGUAGCAGAUAGAGCACAGCACAGCAACCUCUGCAGCUGUAGAUGGCAACUACGGCCAAAGGGGGUUAGAUAGGGGGAGAGACAGGAAGUCAGAGAUCAAUCAUGAACAUGUCCUUGAGACGGACUUUGGCCGUGUUCCAGAGGAUUAAAAUCGUAAUGUAUCAUGGGUAAAUUGUGACUGACUGUCUGAUCUACAAAUAAUAAUGAGUCGUUAUUUAUGAUGCAAGGUUCUUUGAAGAUCAGUUAGUCGGCAGUCGCCUGCACUGUCAGCUGCAAUGUAGAACAAGCCCAGGGACAUAGUAGUGUAAGCUAGGAGAGAAGGUAGGGAUAUUUAGUGCAAACCAGUGGGCUACUACUACGGGUGUUGUGUGGCCUUGAUUGGGUACUACUAUGAUGACUGGAAGAAGUUGUCUGAGGAGUGAGGACAGAUGAUAAAGUCAUUGACUGGACACCCAGGAGAUGUCCUGGUCUGGACACUGCUUAACCUGAGAACUGGAGUUUUUCACUGGGAAAAUGUUUGCUGCUGCUCAGAUGUUGGGCGAGGGUGCGAUAACUGAAGAUUGAACUGUAUUGAGCUGUUGUUACUCUCAUAAUUCCCCUUGUCGUUAAUAAAGGGAUCAUUGAAUGCGUCUGACAUGUCAAUCUGUUGUGGGCUUUCUCUAGAUUUCUAUCUUAGUUUAGGGACGUGUUAUGAAACUUGACAACUGUUUUCGAUCAGGGUUGUGUUGAGUAGGGCAUACUAUAGCAAAAUGUUUUUCAAUGGAAAACAAAAUUCUGUGUUCUUAUAGGGACAGUUUAGGUCUCUCCCCGUUUCGAAAACAUCGUCUUCCUACUGCACAUGGCCCAGCUUUCUGGGAAGACAUCUGUCAUAAAUACUCAGAUAAAUCCUUUAAACUUUUAGCUAGCCAGUGUCAUACAUGUUUUAUUAUGGGAAUUACAUAUCUAAGGAAAUGAAUCAAUUUUGCAAUGUGUUCAUAUUUCCACGAAUAAUAAAAAGAUAACAAAUUA